AUGGAAAACUGGGCAAAUGAAUUGUUUGAGGACACUGUAGUUUUCUGUCACAAUGACUUGGCUUGUGCAAAUAUUCUGGAGCUGAAUUCCAAAAGAGAACUGGUAUUUAUCGAUUGGGAAUUCGCUUCUUACAACUGCAGAGGAUUCGAUAUUGCGAUGCAUUUGUCUGAAACUGCUGUUGAUUUUCGUGAUCCAACCCCACCGGGAAUCAAAUUCAGUGAAGAAUUGACUGACAAUCCGCCAAACUUGCAUGGCUUUGUUGAAGCAUACAUUAAUGCUGAUAAUGAACUAAAAAAUCGAAUUCCAUCGGAUCGCUCUGGUGAAAUAUCAAAACUAAUUCAAGAAGUCGAAUUCUUUUGGCCAAUCACUCAUCUUUUCUGGGCUUGUUUUGUUAUGAAAUUGGCACUUGUCAAGUACAAUUGUGGAGUUGAUAUGGAUAAGUUCUUCACAGAAAAUGAUCCAAGUUCUGAAGUGAUUCUACAAAAAGUGAUCAACCUUGGUGUUGAUUUUUUAGGUAGAGAAUGGAAGAAUACCGAUAAAAGUCAAGUGAACGUUAAAAAGAUUCUUGGUGGCCAAUCAAACCACAUUUUCUACAUAACGUCUUCUAAUUCAGCAAAGGAAUACUUGCUAAGAAUUCAUCGUCAAGAAGAUGCACAUGUGUUCACGGAUACAAUCCUUUUUAGCAUAUUUUCAGAACGAGGAAUCGGUCCGAAACUAUAUGGAUUCUUUAAUGGAGGACGAUUAGAAGAAUACCUACCCAGUAGAACAUUAGAUGCUGUAUCAGUUUUGAAGCCAGAAAUAUCUCGAAAAAUCGGAGAAUCGUUUCCCAAAUACCAUUCCAUGAACGUUCCACUCUCCAAAAAUCGUCGUUGUUUUCAAGUUAUGAGAGAUGUUUUACAGCAAUAUCAAAACCUUGGAGGUGGCGAUUUUAAUUUAUUCCCCACUCAUGUCACUUGGACUGAUCACCCAGAUUCAAUUUCCCUUGAGAACUUACAAAAAGAAAUCAAUCUAAUGGAAUCUUGGACGAAUGAGAUUUUUGAGGAUACUGUAGUUUUCUGUCACAACGACUUGGCUUGUGCCAAUAUUUUGGAGCUGAAUUCCAAUAAAGAACUCGUUUUCAUCGAUUGGGAAUUCGCUUCUUACAAUUGCAGAGGAUUCGAUCUGGAAAUGUUUUUGUCUGAAACUUCGAUUGCCAGAGGUCUCACAUCGACUAAAGCUCAAAUAAAUCAGGAAAUGACCGAACAUUCACCGAAUCUUUAUGGAAUCUGUGAAGCAUAUGUAGAUGCAGAUUAUAAGCUGAAAAAUCUGGAGCCAUCGAAUCGAUCAGCUGAAAUUUCAAAAUUGAUGAAAGAAUGCAACUUUUUCACUCCAAUUACUCAUCUCUUCUGGGCUUGUUUUUUGAUGAAAAUCGGAUUAAUCAAUUAUAUUCCUGGAGCUGAUAUCAAUAUGCGAGCAAGGGAUAGAUUGGCAAGACUGUUCAAACAGAAUGCAAUCAAUUCUGAUGUAAUUAAGAAAAAGUUAAUUGAGUUAGGAGAAUCAUUUUUGGGUGGAGAAUGGAAGAAUGUCACUUUAGAUCAAGUCCAUGUUCCUCGGUUACUAAGUGGACAAUCAAACUAUUUGUAUCAUGUGACGUCAUCUACUUCUGCCACACCAUAUCUUCUAAGAAUUCACCGGCAAGAACGAAGUCAAGUUUUCACGGACACUGUUUUAUUUGCCAUUCUUUCUGAACGAGGACUUGGUCCAAAACUCUACGGCUUUUUUGAAGGAGGACGUUUGGAAGAAUACCUUCCAAGUGAAGGAUUCACUGAAGAUGAUUAUUGGAAACCUGGAUUCGUUCAAAGAAUUGGUGCAGCACUUCCUGCAUGUCAUGCAAUGGAUAUUCCAGUUUCAAAAAAUGUUCGGUGCGCCAAAUUAAUGAGAGAUUGGUUGAAUGGAUAUAAAGAACUUGAAGGAGGGGAUUACGAAAUUCUACCAACCACCGUAACCUAUUCUGAUCAUCCAAAAACAAUUUCGGUUCAGAAAUUGAGUGAAGAAAUUGACACCUUUGAGAAAUGGGCAAGAGAAGUUUUCGAGCACACUUUGGUUUUUGGACAAAUUGAUUUUGGGGUGUCAAAUGUUCUGGAGCUGAAUUCUACAAAAGAAAUGGUUUUCAUUGAUUGCGAGUUCUCAUCAUACAAUUGGAGAGGGUUUGAUCUUGCAAUGUUUGUAUCUGAAUCGGCAAUCACAUUCAAUGUUCCAUUUCCACCUGGAAUAAAAAUCAUUGAAGAUCUGACUGAUAACUCUCCCAUCAUUCGUAUUCUAUGCGAAGCUUAUCUAGAUGCUGAUAAUACGCUCAAAAAUCAUAUUCCCUCUGAUCGAUCCUCUGAACUGGAGUCUCUAAUCCAGGAGUGUCUCUUCUUCUGGCCUCUCACUCAUUUAUUCUGGGCACUCUCUGCUAUGAAACAUGCACUUUUAAAAUUUGAAAACGGGGUGGAUUUAGAUGUUCAAGCUCGGGAUAGAUUGGCAGUUUAUUUUCAUUUGAAACCAAGAUCUCAAAAAAUUUACGAAGAGUUGAAAAAGUGGAAGAAGGCACUUUGA